UUUUGACAUUUCUGCUAAAACAAAUUGAUCUUUUACUUUGUUAGUACAACUAUCUGAGUUCGCAUUCGUCGUGAGGGAGGGAGCGAAAAUGGCGGCGGAAUCAAACAAUCUCGAAGAAACACUGAGGCCCUUUUACCAAAGAGCUUCUGAAGCAGAGGAUCGCCUGGCAAGACUUGAAGCUUCACUGGCCAAAAACAAAGGAUCUGGAAAUGACGAACAGCUUAAGUUGGUGGGCGACCUCCAAUCACAGCUCGAGAGUGCAAAGGCCGAGCAGCUUGCUGAAAGGGAAAAGGCUACGAAGGAGUUGCAGAGGCUUACAACUGAAAAUGCAAAGCUAGAAUACCGGAUCAUACAUCUUGUUCGAGCAUUGAAGGAGGCUGGUAGCAAACCGGUAGCUAAGUAAGAGACUCAUUGCGGCUGUUUACUUGAUGCGGAGUCCAAGUCAGGACUGAACAGCUACUUUGCAAGUAUUGAGUUUAUCUGAAACAUUGGCUUUGCAAACUCUCACCAUUUAACCUCUCAUGUUGUUAAGUAACCUGGGAAACUAAUUAGAUCGCGUAUUCUCUAGUGUGGAGAACUUCGUUCCAACGCAUAUUUGAUCAUAUUAUGAUUGCUCUAGCUUCUCUCAAAGAGAUGUUAUGUCUGAUCAUGAGCAGAUUGAUAAUUUGCUUUCUAUAGUAAAGAAACCAAAAUGCAUGUUUUACUUUCA